ACGGACAGUUUGGUGCCAGCUCCUGCAAACUAUCGAGAGAGAGGGCACGAGGCCGGUAACUGGGGCGUAGAAGAUCUGCAGUCCAGUCGCUUUGAUCUCUUCAACUGUUUUGUUUUACUUAAUCAGCACUUGGGCAGCCUGUGA